AAAUAAGGAGUCACUAUCAUUUCUCUAUCAUAGUUUCAUAUAAUAUUGUUUGAGAGCAUCAUCGCUCCACUCUCUUCCAGACUGAGCAAAACGUGCAUUUAUUCAUAACCUAUUCUCAGUAUUUCUGAACCUUAUUGGAGAACAUCAUCACACAUAUUCACAUGAUAUAUACCCCCAACAACAUGAACAACAUAGAGUCGUACCCUCCCGUCCUCCGCCACCUAGACCACCACCGGCCACCAAGCCCCAACCGGGUUGAAGAGUUGGACCCGGAUCCCAUACCCGUCAUAGAUCUUGAGGGCUUAGAGUUAAACCAUGGGGAGACCAAGUUGGAGGAAGCUUGCAAGGAGUGGGGGCUAUUUCGUUUGGUCAACCACGGGGUUCCGUUGACCCUUUUGAAGGAGCUUCAAGAGGUGGCUAAGGAGCUCUUUUCCUUGUCCUUUGAGAGCAAAGAAGGUGCAUGCAGUGGCACACCUGUCUCAUACUUUUGGGGCACCCCUGCCCUAACGCCAUCUGGGACAGCCCUAAUGAGAGGCCCCCUAAACAUCAAUUGGGUUGAAGGGUUUGAUGUACCCUUGAGUCAACUCUCGCACUUCAAUCCUCAACUUCCCACGCUUCAAUCCAUCAGACUACUGCUAAUGGACUAUAAGACCCAUUUGUCGAGAAUUGCCACAACUUUAUUCAAAGCUAUGGUGAAGAACCUUGAGUUGGAACUAAAACCCUCAAAGUCAUACUUAGCAGAAAACACUGGGAUGGUGCGUGUGUAUCGGUACCCACAUUGCUCUGAUACCAAUGUUGGUUGGGGCAUGGAUGCGCAUACAGAUAGCUCAGUGAUGUCUAUAUUGAACCAAGAUCAUGAAGUCAGUGGACUUCAGAUGCUCAAAGAUGAUCAAUGGCUAACUGUUAAACCCAUUUCCAACACAUUGAUUGUCAACCUUGGAGACAUGAUGCAGGCAAUUAGCGACGACAGAUACAAGAGUGUCUCACACAGAGUAAGCAUAAACAAUCACAAAGAAAGGAUUUCAAUAUGCUACUUUGUUUUCCCCGAUGAAGAUGUUGUGAUCGAGAGCUCCAAGUACAAGCCUUUCACAUACAAUGACUUCAGAGCACAAGUGCAACAAGACAUCAAGACCGUAGGAUAUAAGGUUGGGCUUCCAAGAUUUCAGCACAACCAGAACCAGUGAACUUUUGUUGCUGCUACUCAUAAAUUUGUCUUCACUUUGUUUGUUAAUUAUCUUCAGAAAUUGGGUAAUUGCUUAAUUAAUUUGUAGAAAAUAAAGUCCAAAGCAUCAAGUGAUAGUACGUAGAUCUAGUUACUUAGGUUUGUAAAAGUGUUCUACUUUGAUUAAUCACUCCAAAAUUUAUCUUAGCACUGCUGGUGAGUAAAUGACAUUUUUAGGGUUUAAUA